GCGCUCGACGUAGGCGGGAAGUUGUUGCUGACGGCUUGCACACACACAUCUUUGUCCACCAUCUUUACUUUAUCCUAUCAUCACAGAGGGCUACAGCCUUUCACCGCAACUGACAUUAGCUACCGUCGCCGUUGUGCUCGAUAUCCGCUGACAGUGCGGGCGGUUGCAUACAAUCCGACGCGCUAGAUCUAUCGCGGUCAUCGCUAGCUCGAGUUCAGCCGCACUGGUUUACCGUCACCAUCCUUUCAAACACCUUCCUUCACUUCGACUUCAAACAAUCGUUUAGUAUCAAAUCCUUGUUAAAGUCUGGUUCUGCUCUUCUGUUCUAAAUUGGCUGACCCGCACAUGCACAGGACAUCCACACGACCACCUGUACCCCCAGUCAAUCUCAAGGAUCGUAUCGCAGCUCUCCAACAGCGUAAUGUCAUCCCAAACACCCAUGCCCAGCAUGGAACGUCUGUCAUGUCUUCCUCUACGUCUCUCGGGACGACAGGAAGCUUACGAGACAAAAUAGCAACGUUCGAGAAGCAGGGUGCUGUUCCGGUACCUCGGGGUAGCUUUGGUAUCGGCGCACCUCCAGUUGACGAUGGGUCUUCGAAACGUAGAGGUGAACUAUAUGGAAAUCGUGUCCCGGGACUUUCCAAACCGGCCAUCGAAAGCAUUCCUGCUGCCAGGAAACGAACAGCGUCGAGUUCACAUCUUUCGUCGUCUUCUAUUUCACUUUCGAGACCUGUAACACCAACGUUCGCAGAAGGACUGGAUGUGGAACCGAUACCACCGGUACCAAGUGGGUCCGGAAGUCUCUUCAAUCUCAGUGGGAAUGGUACCGCCCAAUUACCGUCAACAGUACCGAAUGCCGGGCGUCGUGUUGUAUCGGACGUCCUACCUCAAAAGAAGGCGUCCUACGGUUCUGACGAUGUGCCGAUCACGGAGACAGUUGAGGAGCAUCCUGUUUCGCCUUCUGCACAGUCACUCGCCGAGGAUGCGACGCGCAAGAUACCGGCAGACGAUCCCGUGGCACCUUCCCCGCAUGAAGUGGAAUCUAUGUUCUCGAAUGCACCAGCAAUUGUGGUGUCGCCCGAAACAAUGGAGGCUGACACACCUUCGCAACCGCCGCCUGAUGCGACUGAUUAUACAUUCACAGCAGAGGAUCAAGGAAAUGUUGUGUUAGAUCACACCGGCGCAGUUGUUUUGUCGUCGACUAAUUCGUCAUCCAGUAUCAGUAUGCCUGACGUACACUCGGAGAGUCCCAGUCCCUCUAGCACAACCUUCGAGAAAUCUGAGGAGGCGCUACAAAGUCCUCUUGAUGCAGCAGCUGAAGCUCACUCAGAGGUCUCCACCGCUGCGGUGGACGCCAGUGUUUCAACACCCAGUACAGCGUCAGUGUUUUCUGAGCCGCAAUCUCCAUUGAGCGGAGAACAGGCAACGUCCCUUCAUUUGCUGAUUGACCGUCGGUCUCCAAGUCAAGAGUUGCCGUCUACUGUCGGUGAAACACCCUCAGACUUCACGCCGUCUCCUCAUGACACUCCAUCGGAUGUUGCAUCCAUUGGUCCAUCACCGCUGCGAACGGUAGCUGUGGAUAAGCUACCCAUUAUCACUCAAGUGGAAAUAUCUCCUGUUAGCUCUUCUCAGAGCUUGUCCGUUUUUGACGUAACAUCUGCUGAACCGUCACCUGUUCGUACACCUGCCGAUAGCGUCUUUUCCGAAGCCUCCGUAGCUAGCCAAGUUUCUUCCGUGGCAGUCGACAUUUCACUCACUGCCCCCGCGGCCCCACUUAGUGCUGGUGACAGUCUACCUGCAACCCCUCUGUCCGCAUCCUCAGAGCAAGUAGCCUUUCCUCGGACACCUCCGCCUGUCAGUCACAUUAUCAGUGCACCCUCUGAUGAUGCAGUCGGCGAAGACAGUUUGGCGUUGGACACAUCCGAAGCUGUGAUCGUGUCUGACCCAUUGUAUAUUUCGCCUACUGUCACUCGAGGCAAACUCAUCCCAGCGCCGAGACCUCCCAACCCAUCGCCGCCAGUCACUCCAUUGACUGCCAAUACGGUGAAAUCGCAAGCGAGCUCUUCGUCGUCGACGUCUUCUCCUAUUCUGCGCGUAAACUUGGCUCCUUUAGUAUCGCCUACGCCGUCUGAAGACUGGUUAAUAGAUAACCAGUCUCACAGAAAAUCCUUCCACUCCGUCGUACACCAAAAAGUGCGCCAAACGUCUUCCGCAGCAUCCUCGCCGGUGGAUGGACCAACUCCUUCUCGCCGUAUAAAUGAUGUGCAAAAUAUAGCAAAGGUUCAACUGGACUCUCCGAAAUUCGAUGACCUCGCGGGAUUGGUUUUGAAUGCUUCGCUGUUGGAGGAGCAAUUGUCUGGUGAACCUCCGCGCAAGGCUGCUCCCUUGGUUCUGCCCUCAGAAUCCGUAAACCCCGAACUGGUGUCGGUUGCAGCCCCUCCUACCCCUCAGACGCCGGACUUAAUUUCCGAGCCUCCAAGAACACCUGUGAGAGUUGACUCUCUCGCUGAAUAUCAGCUCCAGCAACGUCCAGAGCCUUCGCAGGAGCUUCCUGAGUCUGUUGAAGAGGAUGGUCCGUCAGAGGUCGAGAGAGAUCUAGCGAAGGAAAUGGAGGUUCACUUCACGAGAUCGUGGAAUCCUGAUUUGGUCGCGUUACCCGAUCCUGGUUCGUCAAGUCUACCAUAUCUUGCUGCUACCCCUCCUCAAUCUCCCGCAGCUUUUCAGACCUCUUACGAAUCACCGUCUCGUGACAGUCUUUCUGGGACACCGGUACGCAUGCGCACCGUGUCACAUUCACCCAGUCCUUCUCGUAUGGCUCCUACACGCCUGCGUACGAUUUCACAUCACAAUCUGUCUCGUAGUAGUGAGGAGAGACCUCCAACGCCUCCGCCUAAAUCCCCUCGCAACUACCUCAACACUUUAAUGCGGAGGCCUACUAUGCCAGGUACCCCUCGUAACAGUGUCUCUUCGGAGGAUAGUUCCGUGUUGGUUGCCACUCCACCUUCGCCUCCGCUUCCACCGCCUCAUGAUCAUGAUUCCCGGAGCAUGGCAGGUUCAGACUCCAGUUCCAUCAUGAGUUCUACGAAAUCGUGGAAGAGUGGGGUGAAGGAGAAGGGAUUAAGCCGUGCGACUUCUGUCAUGGACCGGCUCUGGCGCAGAGGGAAGAACAAACACUCCAGUGUGACUGUUGUCAAUGCCGACGGUGAUAAUCGUCUAUCAGUAGGUGGCGUCCCGCACCGUGGACCUUCGCCGACACACCUCUCUCCAUUCAAUUUACCCUCUGUCCCAGGCAGUCCCCCUGUGCGAGAGAGUUCUACGUCUUCUUUGCAGCAACGGCCUUCCUCAUGGGUAUCCAUUGAAACCACCGGUUCUAGCUAUGAUCCGGACAUUUUUGAUGCAUUCCCCUCCGUGCCAGAUGAAGUGCCUCCAGUCUCUUCCAAGCAUCUUGGGCAAAGUCUUAAUGCUAUGGGCCAGCGACGUCCAGCGUCAUCUGCGCCGCAUACAUAUCCCUCCACAUUUCUCGCGCCAGACUCUGAGUUUGGAUACGCAUCUUCGGAUAUUGGAAGGCCAACUACCGUUCCUUCUAGAGCCAACUCACAUGCCAAACAGCGGUCUGCAGUAGUUUGAUCUAUACUCUUGCUUUCAUCUUAUUUUCCAUCUUAUGCUUAUCACCAUCAUCAUCAUCGUUGCAAAUAUAUCUUACUUUCAUUCGGAGGUUUUUAUUCGGUCUUUUCCUCUUCGUUACCCCUCCGCUCACUGGCACUUUCUUCGAUAUACUAUUUACUUUCCUUACCGUUACCAGAAAAUUAGUCGCUAUUUGGUUAAUUGCUCCGUUACACGACCUACACAGACGUCUUCUAGCUAUGCUUACUUGAUCUCGUCGUGCCGUCUUGCAAAGUCUUCACAUUCAACGAACGCCUUUAAUGGGCUUGGAUUCAGUGUCGAGUAAGGUUGAAUAAUACCACUGCCAGACAUUCGGGUGUGAGGUAAGAGUCUUAUACGGGCUUAGGACUGAGAGCAGGAAUGGCAUGUGACAUGAAUCAUAGCAUUGAGAAACAUACUGUAGAACAUAAUACACGGAUCAUAAUACAGUG